UAUGUUUCAUAGAAAUCAUUUUAUAAUGUCAAUCCGGAACACUUGGACGUGUAAGAAUGUUUCAUUUGCCCUGACUCAUCGAGAGAAGUAGCGACGUCGAAUUUUUUGACGCUUCUUGCUAUUCGUCCGUGGCCUUCGUGGCCCCGCCCCACCCGCCUUGUCUGAACCUUGCGCUGAAGACCACUUGUGGUGUUGCGAAUGUCAUCCUGCUGAUUAAUACUGGUGUUGGAGUGGGUAUUAUCUCGUAAUGGAGUAGCUUCUACGGCUGAGAAGGGGUUUGACUAAUGUGAACAACGAAUAGGUGCUUCGAAAAGAUGGCCGACACUUUUGCCAGGCGCCUUGAGCGCUUGGCCUUCCGAUUUGUGGAGUUCGUUUUCGGCGCUUUGUUUCGCUUGUUGUAUCGGGGUCCAGGGGAACAAGUUCCUCCUAUAAGUAAUUUGCUACUUCUGGACUCGGCGACCACCCUCGCCCACAAGAUCAGAACAAAAAAGGUGACAAGUGUUGAGGUGGUAGAAGCCUUUAUUGCACGCAUUCGGGAAGUAAACCUUGUUUUAAAUACGGUUGUUGAUGAAAGAUUUGAAGAGGCACUGAAAGAAGCCAAGGCUGCAGAUGAAUAUAUUCGCUCUGGUGCUCAUACUCCUGAAGAAUUAGAACGAAAUCUACCUUUCCUAGGAGUGCCUUUCACCACAAAAGAUUGUGUGCAAGUUAAAGGAUUGAGACAUACAGCUGGUUUGUACAAACGGCGAAAUCUUGUGGCUACAGAGGAUGCUGAUUGUGUGGCUCAAAUGCGAGCAGCGGGUGCCUUUCCUCUUGCAGUAACAAAUGUCUCAGAAUUGUGUAUGUGGUGGGAAAGCAACAACACAAUUUAUGGUCGUACUAGGAACCCAUACAACACAAAUCGCAUUGUAGGUGGUUCUUCUGGAGGAGAGGGUUGCUUGCAAAGCUGCAGCAGGUUGCACCAAUGCGGUGUAGUAUCUAAUGCUGGACAAUAUCCAAUUCCAAAUGGGGAACAAAAUACAUUCUUGGGAACGGGACCAAUGACUCGAUUUGCAACUGAUCUUCUGCCUAUAUUCAAAGUACUAGCAGGGCCUGUGUCUUCUGAGAGACUGGGACUCAAAGGGCCCCCUCCAGAUUUACGCAAGGUCAAAGUUUUCUAUGCAGAGGAUGAUGGAGGGGGAAGGCUUAUCAGUGCAGUUCAACCUGAUCAACGCGCUGCCAUUAAACGAGCUGUUAAUCACCUGGAAAAAGCUCUUGGAAUUAAAGCAAAAAAAAUAUAUUUGCCACGACUAAAGAAGGCAUUGCCCAUAUGGUUUGCAAAGAUGCAAAUCAAAGAUGCUCCAACAUUUGCCCAACAACUAGAUAACUGUGAGGGAACUGUCAACAUUUUCUUAGAGUUAGUUAAAUGGGCUCUCUUCAUGUCCAAACACACAUUUAUUGGCCUUUUUACUGCUAUUAUGGAGAAGAAUGGUGUUCAGGCUGGCUCAGAAACUCAUACCCUUUUGCUUAAUGAAUGUGUUCGUCUUCGACAAGAUUUUCAAGACAUUUUGGGAGAUGACGGGGUUUUUCUCUUUCCUACUCAUCCUACUGUGGCACCUUUUCACAAUGAACCAGCUUUGAAGCCUUAUAAUUUUAGUUACACAGCUAUCUUCAAUGUUCUGGGAUUUCCAGCAACACAAUGCCCUCUGGGUUUGGGUUCAGAAGGAUUGCCUCUAGGCCUACAGGUGAUUGCAAAUUUGAAUCAAGAUCGUUUGACUCUGGCAAUGGCAUGUGAGCUUGAGAAGGCUUUUGGUGGGUGGGUGCCCCCUGCAAUUGCUGUAUGAAGCAUGUGUGGAAUUUAGAAGCUUUUUUUUGUAUUAAGAAUAAGACCUUUUGUAUAAAAGUAAGAGGACCAUUUUACUUAAUGUGAAUAUAUUAUGCUAAUAAUUUUGUUGGUGAUGGAUGUUAUUAUUUUAUAUUUUAAUUACUUUAUAUUUUUUACUAAUGUGAAGUUAAUAGACUUUUAAAAAAUGGAAUUGAGAGCAAAGUUUUUGAUUGUUCAAUCCAGUUAAUAUUUUUCAGAAUAUACAAUGCUUAAAACGUAAUGUAUGUUCUGAUCAAAGCCAUAAUGUUUAUGAUUGAUCAAUUAUGAGUGAAUACUGCUUGUAAAAUUCUACAAAAAGUAGUACACAAAAUGCAAGCUGCAAACGUUUUUUUUAACUUUGCACUUAAUCAAAUGUUAACGUUAGUUUCAGGGUUCUGGUACUAAUUGUUUGGGACUUUGGAUGUCUUUAAGAGUUCAAAUUUUAAUGAAGGGGAAGGAAUAAACACACAAAAAAAAUAUUUUCUGAAAUAUUUUUUGCAAAAAUGAAAAUAUAUAUUCACAAAAUGUUAAAAUGAAUCCAGUAAUACAUCCUAAAAUAUUGCACAGAUUUGUAUAUUAUUUCAGAAAAAUUUGUGUCCUCUGUGCACUCUAUUUUCAUACUAUUGAGUUCCUGUGUUAUGGUUCUGAUUAUCCCAACAGUGUAGUUAGAAGUGUUUUUUGAUAUUAUUAAUAGAUAUAUUAUUUGCUAUAGGAUUUAUUUGUUUACUAAAUUAUAUUUUAUUCUGUUGGGACAUUGUUAUAUUUAUAGUUUAAAUACUUUUCUUUUUGUUGGGACCAAUGAAACCUUUUCUUUUAAAAUAUUUAAAAAGGAAUUACUUGAUACAAGCUAAAUCAUCAGCAGUUACAUUUUUACGCCGUAGCUUGCCUGUUUUUUCUUAUGUAAAGAAAUAAAUUGCCAUAAUUUGUAAUACAGAUGAGCUUUAAUAAGAUAACUAGGAGAGAUGUAGAUUAAUAACUGCUAUUUUUCUAUAUCCUGCGAGGUCCAAAGAAUGAUAUUGCUUUUUUUCAGGGAUAUAUUAAUUAUACUUGUUUUUAUGUUGUAAAUGAUUUUUUUAUGCUGAACAUCAGUAUUUACUAGUAUAUAGUUAUAUUGGAAUGUAGUUAUUACUUUUGUAUUUUUAUUUCUCAAAAGCAUUUUGAUUUUAGAAUUGUAAUAGAAAUGAAUUGUGGAACAAAAAUAUAGUAUUUUGUAUGCUGAACAUCAGCAUUUAUUAAUAUAGAGAUAUAUUUGAAAUUUAAUUAAGACUUUUGUGUUUUCUUUUUCUCAAUAGCACUUUGAUUUCAGAAGUGUUAUAGAAUUGAUUUGUGAAACAAAAAUAUAAAAUUUUAUGUAGCUCAGUAUUUUAUAAACAAUUGCUGAGAAUUUGUUAAUGUGAUAAAUUCUGUUAAAAUUUACAUAUUUAUUUUUCUGUGCUUAAUACAAAUGAAAAUGUCAAUAUUUUAUAAUGUGAAAAUGUUAUGUAUGUUCUUAAUACAUGUUAAUAUGUGUAAAUGAUCUUGUGACAUUUUGCAUCUGUGAAUAAUCAUGUCCUUUCAGAUAUUUUUAUAUGUGGGUGAAGGUCACAUUUCCUGCAAAAAAAAUGUUUUGCAGAAAGUUGUGUGAAUAAAACUCCC